AUGGUUUCUUCAACUUUCAUCGGCUCCUUGGCCUCUAGGGCCAUUUUCUUAAUGUCUAGUCAUAUUGGCGGCCGCGCCGACUCAGCGACAUAUGCCUCUCAUACCGUCGAUGCGCUGGGCACUCUUCAGCAAUGGUAUAACCGUGAUACCGGCUUAUGGGACACCACUGGCUGGUGGAAUAGCGCCAAUUGCUUAACUGUGUUGGCCGACUUCGCGAUUGUAGACGAGUCGGCUUCUAAUUCCCUAAAUAUCCCAGAGAUAAUACAGAACACUUACGAUCAAGCACAAAAGACCACAGUACAGGCCAAAAAGACCCUGUCGGCGGCGGGACUCCCCAUUUCAUCAUACACCAGAGUACCAAAAAGAGCUGUGAUUGGUGAGAGAGGUUUUGACAACUUCCUCAACGACUACUACGAUGAUGAAGGCUGGUGGGCACUAGCUAUGAUUCGCAGUUACGAUGUUGGCGUCCAAGGCCUUGGAGACCAGCAGUAUCUUCAGGCCGCCGUCGAGAUCUUCGAGGAUAUGAAGAAGGGCAACUCUACCUGUGGUGGUAUCUACUGGAGUAAAGUUGGCACAUACACCAAUGCCAUCGCGAACGAGCUUUAUCUUAGUGUCGCCGCCUCUCUUGCCAACCGAAUCCCCUCUCGAAAGGGUUACUUCCUCGACAUCGCCAACACCCAAUGGAACUGGUUCAAGAAUAGCGGGCUAAUCAACAGUGACAAUUUGAUCAACGAUGGGCUUACGGAUGCCUGCAAGAACAACGGCAUGCAGACCUGGACCUACAACCAAGGAGUUGUCCUGGGUGGGUUAGUGGAGCUUUCUCAAGCCACGGGGGAUAAAUCGCUUCUCGACGAAGCUAAUACCAUUGCCACCGCCGCUAUUACUAAGCUGUCUAAGGAUGGUAUCCUUUCUGAUGGCUGCGAGCCAAACUGUGGAACUGACGGCUCGCAAUUCAAAGGGAUAUUCAUGCGAAACUUACACUACCUACAAAAGGCUGCUCCUUCAGAACCUAUCCGAAACUUUCUCCUCACCAACGCGGACACGAUAUGGGACAAGAACCGCAACGAUCAGAACCAGCUCGGUGCGACCUGGCAAGGCCCUUUCCAAGACCCAACGGCAGGCACCCAAAGCUCUGCCCUCGACGUCCUCGUAGGGGCGGCAGCGGUAGCUUAA